GCACACAUUCCUGUCAAAGCCUCUCUCUGGGCUGAAGUCUCUCCGUUCCUCAGUCAGGAUCAAGAGGGAAGUGCAGCUCUGGAUUCCAGUCUAUGGGCUGAAGAAGCUUUAUUGACGCUGCAGAAAAAUCUGAGUGUUUACGUCGAAGAUCUGGUGCUGAAGUGUGCUAGGGAGAGAAGAACGCCGACUUCCAUUUACUCGUCCUCUCAUAUUUCAGAAGAUUUUUUAGAUCAUCUGAUCAUCGUCCGGUUCUAAUGUAAUAUUGUUUGGGACAGUGCAAUUUGGGAGGAGCAGUCGUACCGGUGUUUCAGAUCCUGCUGUCCGAGAGGAGGUGAGAGCCGGAGGAUGUGGGUGAUGGAUUCUCUCUCUGUGGCUCUGCUGUGGGCAGCCCUGGCUCAGGCGGGCUGCGGCGGGCAGCCGCGGGGCACCGAGGGGGGCCGCAGGCGCCUUAACAGGGUCCAGCACGGGCCGUGCAGCUACACCUUCAUCUUGCCCGAGCUCGAGGGCAACUGCCGGGGACCUGCCGAGAGUCACAGCACCAACUCCCUGCAGCGGGAUGAGCCGCCGCUGGAACAGGACUGGCCCUCGCAGAAGCUGCAGCGGCUGGAGACGCGGUCCGACAACAACACCCAGUGGCUGCGCAAGCUGGAGACCUACAUCCAGGAUAACAUGAAGAGUGAGCUGGCCCAGCUACAACAGAAUGCUGUGCAGAACCACACAGCCACCAUGCUGGAGAUCAGCAACAGUCUGCUGAGCCAGACCGCUGAGCACACACGCAGACUGACAGACGUUGAGACGCAGGUUUUGAAUCAAACCUCGCGACUGGAGAUCCAGCUGCUGGAGAAUUCUUUAUUCACAAACAAACUGGAGAAGGAGCUGCUGCUCCAGAACAACAACAUCUACUGGCUGCGUGAAAAGAACAGCUUCCUGGAGCAGAAACUCCUGGCGAUGGAGAGCCAGCACAAGGAAGAGAUGGAGAGCCUGCGGCAGGAGAGGGGGAGCCUCCAGGACCUGGUGCUUCGGCAGAGUCGCCUGAUCGGUGAGCUGGAGACGCAGCUGGGCUGGGUCACCAUCAACAACACCAGCCUGCAGAAGGAGCAGAAGCAGCUGGCCGAGACGGUGAACAACCUCCUCCAACUGGUCUCACGGGGGUCAGGGAAACUGGAGGAGAAGUUAUUCCGGGACUGUGCCGAGGCUUAUCAGGCUGGUCACAACACGAGUGGGGUCUACAGCAUUCGCCUCGCUGAGACAACGGAGCCUAGGAAGGUGUACUGCAACAUGGAGACCGCCGGAGGUGGCUGGACAGUCAUCCAACACCGAAGGGACGGCAGCGUAGACUUUCACAGGACCUGGAAAGAAUAUAAAACGGGCUUUGGGAAUCCAUCCACUGAACACUGGCUUGGCAAUGAGAUGCUGUUCCUUCAGACAAACCAGCGGCAAUACUCCCUGAGGAUUGACAUGCGAGACUGGGAAGGAAAUCAGGCUUAUUCCCUCUACGAGAAAAUUCAAGUGGCCAGUGAAAAGCAAAACUACAGGCUCUUCCUUAAGGGGUUCAGUGGCACUGCGGGGCGGCAGAGCAGUUUGGUACUACAUGGAGCCAGCUUCAGUACCAAGGACCUGGAUCACGACAACUGCAUCUGCAAAUGUGCCCAGAUGCUGACAGGCGGCUGGUGGUUUGAUGCGUGUGGACCUUCCAAUCUGAAUGGAAUCUAUUACUCAGCAGGACAGAAGCUGGGCAAGCUGAAUGGGAUCAAAUGGCAUUACUUCAAGGGUCCGAGCUACUCCCUCCGUAGUGUCACCAUGAUGAUCCGCCCCUCAAACUUCUGAAACCUCCUGCUCACUCUGAAGCCCAUCACUAACCUGGAGGUGGAUCAGAGCAAUCCCUGGUCCCAGCUUCCCACUCACAUUCUGCUCUCUCCCUUCCCAAGGAUCUGAAACGCUGGAAGAUUCCGGCUUCUCUGCACACUGCCCUUUCUGUGGAGACAACCAGACCAGCCCGACAGUCCCAUGAACACCUGACUCUGACAACCAGUGAGCAAAGGACACUAGGGCUGUCUCAGUCCGCCUUGGAGCCCUGCAGGCAGACAGGCCCCCCCAGCAGGGGUUGGGUUGGUAGCUGGGGGUUUGGCUGCUCUGAAGAAGUUUAUGAGGGCGUUACCAGGUUUGGGCUAAAAAAAGUGAAGGUAGAGAUGGAGUGGAGGGGACUUGUACCCACUGCUGGAGAUGGGGGUGGAGAGAAUAGAGGGAGUGUCUGUGACUGGGUGGAGACCAAAGCCGUGAAUGUAACUUUAAAGAAACUGUGGUUGGAGAAGAAGAGAAAAGAUGAGGCAAAUUGAAGCAGAAAGGUCGAGCCACAUCUGUGGAGAAAGAGAAAACUGGAAAUAUGCACGUUUCAUUCCGAUUACUUCUCAUUCUUCCAACCUCAAGGAACAAACUCAUCUGUUUAAUCUCUGUUCAAUGACAAAUUCCCAAUCCUCAAAAUCAAACCAGUGAAACUUGAGCAAGAUUCCACUUGUACACAAAGCCCCUCGUAAUGAGACCAACAUAACCAUUGUGUUCCUGGUACCUUGUACAUAAAGCCCCUCGCAAUGAGACCAACAUAACCAUUGUGUUCCUUGUACCUUGUACAUAAAGCCCCUCGCAAUGAGACCAACAUAACCAUUGUGUUCCUUGUACCUUGCUAACUUUCACCUCAAUCUACCUGAAAACCAUUACCUUUCAAUCUCUCACCACUUAAGAAAUGCUCUGCUCUUUGUAAUACAUUUUUUCUACAGAAAUGAGAGACAUUAUCUUCCAUCUACAAUGUCCUUGCCCAUUCACAGACAGUCUACAUAUCCCCCGAACCCUCUUCCUACAUCCCCAUCACAACCCAGUACCGUAUCAUCGACUGCCCUGGAUAUACUACAUUUGGUUCCCUUACUCAGAUCACAGAAACUUUCUUGUGAACAGCUGAGUCCACACUAUUGAAGUGUCAGCCCUGGCAUCAUCCGGUAACAUCACCGGUCACCCCUCGCGUAAUUCCUCCAUUCCCAAAAGAAAUCAGAGCUUUCGGAGACAGACUCCAACCUUCUCUUGGAAAAGGCAGGAGCACAUAGCGGAGGAAUGGGAUGCCUUGCACACAUCUUCCAGCCAUGUUUUUCAAUGGUCGGUAUCAUGGAGACUGCAAGAGUAAUAUCAGUCCCUGUCCCCUGAUCAUCCUUCACUGGUCACAGGCACGGCAUGUCCUCCUCUGGAAGUCCCUGUGUCCCACCCACAUCCUUCUCCUCAAUCCCUGCAUCUACAGAGCUUUAGAACUGUUUAAAUGUGGCCUCCAUUGCCCUCUUAAGGCUCUUUGAGAAUCCAGGUCUGGUAAAAGGUCUCAGAUCUGAAAUGUUGGCUCUGCUCCACUCUCCACAGGCACGCCUGGUCCGCCCGGUCUUUGCAGUACUUCCUGUUUUACUUCAGAGCUUCCCUGAGGACUGGCUGUCUUCCCAGCUGUGUCUAAGCAGUGGUGUUGCUUGUCGAGCUCUUGACUCUUGUUUUAAUUGGCAAAAUACCAUUGUUUGGCUUUAGGCGUUUUUCACCAUUUCUGGGUGAGGGUUAGUGCUGUGUACAUCAUGUGCAUAACGCACCAAAUGGAAGUGAAAUCCAAAUACCCGUUUUCAGAGAGAGCUUGAUUCCAUGUUAAUUGUUCAACACUAUUGCUAAUGUUAGCAUGGUUGGGUUCUUUCAUUCAAAACAAAGUGACAGGCUUGAGUAUAACCAUCUGAUUAUAGAUGGUGAGGAAACCUUGUUGAUGUGGAAUGGAAGUUAAUGGACGUCCCCACUCGACACACACCAGGCCGUGGAACCAUCCCAAUUUAAGGACAUCACAAAAUGACCCUGGGACAAUCUGUAGAUGACAAUGGAUGAAUGGAGGAGUGGGUGACAACUUUGGGAGGUGGGUGUGUGGGUGCUAACAAACUGAGCUGCUACAUUCAGGAGAGCACCAAGCUUCUUGCAGCUACUAGGGAGGGCUAAGGAACAGUUUUUUACAUAACUCUGCCUUGAUCGGUUGAGUACAAAACAGCAUUUGCAAACAGACUGCUUGCUUUCCUAACUCUUUCUCACUCCAAUGUCAGGUGAACAUUAGGUAGCAAUCAAAACAGCUGCAGAUCUGAAAUAAAAGCAGAAAGUGCUGGAAAAUUUCAGCAGGUGAGACAGUGUCUGUGGGGGGAGAAACGGUUAAUAUUUCAGAUUGGUGACCUUUCCCAUUAUACGCCGUGACCUCAUGAAUAUAUCCAGUAUUUCCUCUUAUCGUUGCAUUUUGCACUACUCCACAAGCAGAAUAUUAGGAGCUGCGUGUCUUGGAAGGCAGUGCUUAAAUAAACUGGGCGGUACAUUAUGGGGAGAGGACUGCUCAGGGUGGGAAGGAAUCUGAGUCUCCUGUCCCCAUCCAGGUUUGUUGGAGGCUCUUUGAUCGAGGGUGGUUGUUCGGAUUAGCCAACCCCUCUCUCAACACGUCGUGGGAUUACUCAGUCGAGCUCUCUUCAUCUCGGACCACUCUCAUCUAUCAGCUCCCGAACUGCUGUCUGCUGGAAAUGAAGGAUGUUGGCAAAGCACUGAGAGAAGUCUACAUUCAUUUUAUUGGUGCA